CAACUGCUGAGGAACUAGGAGCUAGUGGAUUUCUAUAAAACGUCUAGUGGGUACUCAUAAAACUCACCGAGCCUCGAGCAUACAAAUCAGUCUGCUUCAACCGGUUCAUUCUUAGCAUCGAUACUGACUGAUAUCCUUAAACACCUUAUACAUCAAUUGCAAUUCAGCUUCAUAUAUCUCAUUCAAUUUCUGCCCAGCUACGUUAUUGAGAUCGGUGUGUGCUCGCGAUGGCUCAUCACAAGAUGCUCCUCUGCGCUUUGUUCGCUGUUUUUCUGGCCUUUGGAUCCCUGAGCUCAACAGUUCAAGCUUCCGAUCCCGAGCUCACUUCGGAUUUCUUCGUUCCGGAAGGCAAGGUAGCUGCCGAUCUAGAUGGGGCCUUCUUCACCAACACGACCUUGGAGAAUGUUCAACCGAAUUUAAAUUCAGCUUUUGCUACGGUCACACCCGUCAAUCAAAACGUAUUUCCAGCUCUCACAGGAUUGGGAAUUUCUUCAGCGCUUAUCCAAUUUCCGCCCGGCACCGUCAAUCCUCCUCACACUCAUCCUCGAGGAACCGAACUUCUAUACGUCAUCGAGGGAAUUCUGAGCGUGGGGCUCGUGGACACCACUCAGAAGCUCUUCACCCAAACUCUGUUGCCUGGUGACCUGUUCGUGUUCCCGAAGGGCUUGGUGCACUUCCAGAUCAAUUUGGAUCAGUGGAAGUCUGUCAAAGCUGUGGUGGGAUUCAGUAGUUCCAACCCGGGACUCAUCAGCCUGCCCUCUACUCUCUUUGGAAAGAGCAUGAUCUCCAGCGAGGUCCUCCAGAAAUCCUUCAACGUGACUGCCGACGUCAUUGACAAGCUCAAGGCUGCUCAGGUUUGAUUUACUCUGCGGGGUUUUACCGUAGAAAGGGGUCCAUCGAUUCAAACGACGAUCUACCGAUACGUCAGCUUGCAAUCUCGGACAUGGUGUGCAUGGCUAUGGCACUGAGUACUUGAUGGAGCUCCAGAAGUCUGGAUAAGUAUGGUGCUCUAGCAUCACCAAUAAGACGAUUCUUGUAUGUAGUAAAUUUCUGAGAGCGGAGACCAAAGUUGGCAGAAAUGAUCAUAGUAAUCAUAGUGGGCCAAUUUGUUCAGUGAUGACAUAAUUUGAUUUCUAAGAUCAUUUAGGGACCUUGCGACGCAAGAUAGUAG